UUGAUCCUCACCAAAUAAUCAAAGAUUUUGGCGGGCUAUUUCGAAUAGAGCGGGUAAAGUAGAAGAAUGAAUCGAUCAGUAGAUUUACAGUAGCUUCAACCCUUCAACAGUUGAACGGAAUUGGGUCAUUUGUUUCUGUGGAUUAAUUUAGAGUAAGCAAAGGCAACAAAGCCCCGAAGAUCAGAAAAUGGAAGAUAAUAAAGCAUUAACAGUUGUGUGUUCAGUUUUAGGCAUGGACCACACAAAUUUCUGCUACAGGGUUUGUUCAGUGUGUGAGAGGACUCUCCCCGAAAACCCGUCUUCUCUCUGCAAAUUUUGCAACUGCAAUAACAACAAUUCUGUCUCCUCUUCCAAACGUCUCUUCCGUCUCCUUAUUUCUAUAGCAACUGACACAAAAGUGAAGGUGGUGAUAUGUUUUGAUCGGGCUGCUAGGGUUUUGUUCGGUUGCUCUGCUGAUCACUUCUUUGAUUUUGCCAAGCUUCACCCCUUUGCUGCUGUGACAGCCAGUAAAGUUCUGCAGGGAGAGAUGUUUAAAAUGACGUUCACCAAACCAAAGAAUGGCAAUGCACAGCAUCUGCGUGUCACAACAGUUGUUCCUUUGAGUUCGGGUUUCAGGCCAGCAAUUGAGAUAUUGAGAGAAAAGUAUGGGGUAAGAGUUGGUCCUUGAUUAUUGCUGUGAAAUAUUGAAUGGAUAUGUCGAUUAUUAAGUACUCUUGUAAUACAUUUUGUUGAUACUGGUUAUUGCAAUUUCUAGUCUCAGUUGUUAAUUAAGCAAAUUUUAAUCAGUCUUUGGUACUGAACGUUUCCAUUGAAAUGAGAAUUUAUGAUGUGAAUGCUCAUAAGUAAAAGCAUAUUCAGUAAAUGUCAGU